UGUUUACUCUCCAUUCUCCAUCUAGCUUUCUCUCUCUCUCUCUCUCCCUCUCUCUCUCUCUCUCUCUCCGUCUACUUUUAAUUCAUAAAAUCAAAAUCAUUCCCUAACGAAGAAAUGAAUCAGUCGAUUUCACCUUCCCGAAUGAAGUAUACAGAGCAGCGUUCAGUUACAGUCAAGCAUUUGAAAUCAUCAACCAGGUGGACUCCAUUAGAGUCCCCGAGACUGGUUAGAAUCUCAGUCACCGAUUGUGAUGCCACAGACUCAUCCAGCGGAGAAGACAACGACGACACGUGUCGCCGCCAUCACCAGCAAAGGAUAAAGAAACUCAUCAACGAGAUCAAACUCCAGGACUCUUCAACAUCGAACACAGUCCGUGUGAAACCUAGACCUAAGCACUGUGCGACGGGUACCGGCAAAUCAUCAAGGCAGUACUAUCCGAAUGGCAACAAGUAUCGUGGAGUAAGGCAGAGACCAUGGGGAAGGUGGGCGGCGGAGAUCAGGGAUCCGAGAAGCGGAACGAGGCUCUGGCUUGGCACGUAUGAUACGGCGGAAGAGGCUGCAAUGGUCUAUGACCGAGCUGCAAUUCGUAUUAAAGGCUCUGACGCUCACACCAACUUCCCUAAACCCUCGGUGCCAACAGAGAUUGACGUUGAGACUAUCUCUAGUUAUGAUUCUAGCAGAGAGUCUCACAGUCUCUGUUCUCCUACCUCUGUUCUUGAAUUCCAGGCUGAAGCUGAAUUAAGAACAGAGCUGGAACCAGAGCCUAGCUCCAAGCCCGUAAACACUGCAUGGCCACCGGUACAAAAACCCUCGGAAGAGCCACAGGGUUUACAAGGCGACUUCUUAUCAUCAGAUCCGUUUUUAUACAGUGAUAUCUUCAACUACGAGAUUCCUGCUCCUAUUUUCUUCGAUGAAAUUAUUGAAGCAGAACCAGUUUCAAAGCAAGAUGAGUAUGGUGAUGAUUUCUCGUUUAAACUUGAUGAGGAUUUGGGGUCAUGUUUAUGGGAUGUGGACAGCUACUUCGAAGACCCUUUUCCCGUCGAAUCCACACUGAACCCGGCUCUUACCUAUCUUUCUCAGUAGUGGCUCCGCUCCUCUGUUCCAGCCUGCAGAUUGAAUCAUGGCGCUCCAUGUUAACAUGCACGGUUCAGAUUUGUUUGAGUUAGAGAGCAGUAUUUUAUUUCCACGGUAAAUAUAUUAUAUCUUUCGGAUUCGGGUUUGGGUUUUUGGUUUCACUUCCGGUUCAUUUGCUGGUAAAUUCCGAGUGGAGUUUUGGAUAAGGUUUGCAUCUCCUCCAUUAGUGUCAGUCACCACCAACACGAAAUGCAAAGUAUAUAUGUGUAAAUCA